CAUAUAGGAAGUUUUACCCUCAGUCAUCUGAACUGAAAAAUCACAGUUUUUGACAUAGCUUGUUUAAAUUGAAUCAGCAAUAUUUUUUGGAGAACAUUUUGCACAUAUGUCAUCUAUUUGCAAUUGCACCUAUAAUAGCACCUAAAGCACUUUUAUGUCUUUGAUAGGAAAGCAGGAGAAGCCUGUGUAAUGUCUUAAAGCCCAGAUGUUAUAUCAGAUCCGUGAGUAUCAGGAUGCAGAUUACUCAGCUGUGAGGACCUUAUACUCCUCUGGGUUCAGAGAACAUGCUGAAACUGUGUAUCUUCUGGCCCUGAAGCAGCCAUGGACUCAAGCUGUGCUGUGUGGAAUCUUCCUUCUCAUCUAUAUCCUCUCCGGCUCAUUUCUGACCUGCAUUAUGGGUGUCGGUGGGGUUAUGCUUGCUGGUCGAGUGGCAGUACAGUAUAUUUUUAAGCAGGGUAUUCAACUUGGACUCAGUGAGGAUCUGUUGGACAUCAGGACCUCCUACAUGCAGACUGGCAGCAGGAGCUGCUUUUGGGUGGCAGAACUAAAAGGGUCUAUUGUCGGGACGGUGGGCAUUUUGCCCUGUGUGGAGGAGCCAGGUGCUUGGGAACUGAAAAGGAUCUCUGUGAAAAGGAAGUUUCGGGGUCGUGGCCUUGCGAAAGCUCUUUGUAAAACAGCCCUGGAAUUUGUUGCCAGACAUGAUGUGAAGAGGGUGGUGCUUUUCACCUCUAUGGUCCAAACUGAUGCUCAUAAGCUGUAUGAAAGCAUUGGGUUUAAAAAGGAGAAGGAGUUUGUGUGGCCAUCACUUCCUGCCAGGCUGAUCAAUUUCAUGGUGUUUAAAUAUGCACACAGCAGGACUGGUGGUUUUAUGUCAUGCUAAAAUAAGAAAAGAAGAAGAAAAAAAGAAAAGUUGUAUUCAUAUUCAUCAAGAUCCCUUUGGUGGGGAAAAAAAAAUUGUCUAAAAUGUUUAAUCUGAUAUCAAUUAAGCAUCAUUUUAAAAUAAAAGAUUCACAAAAGGA